AGCUGGAGACGGCACGCGCUUUCAUUCUUGUAAAUGCUUGGUUUAAAAAAGAAAAAAAAAAGCAAGAAUAGCCACUUUACUCUCAUAACUGUUUGGUUCUGAUUGCUCGAACCUGCAACUUAAUCAUAAUUAAGUGUGGUGGGGCUGCGGGAGGAGAGCGGCUCAUCAUCCCGGGACCGGAGUGAAACCUCAUCGCGAGCUCCUCGGGCGCCGGAAUAGCUCGUGCGUGACAGCGUUUGAACACUCAACAAAAACUGUGGACCCGAGAGGACAAGUGUGGACUGACGGAGGCUGUGAAGUUUUCUCAUGUCAGCCUGUUUUUUUUUUUUUUGGUUUGUUAUAAGUAGCCCGGUGGAGCAGAGAGAAAGUGGAGGUUUGUCCCUCUCCAAUGCGUCGGUUCCCCGCAUCUACUGAUGGACUGAGUCCGGUAAAAUUUGGAAUAGCCUUGCCCUUUUUUCCACCAGUUUUAGUCGAUAUCUCAGACCGAAAUGCUGCCCUGUAUCAUUUUCAUCGGCUUGUUUCUCACUGCGGCCCGAUCCCAAGAUAUCCAUCCCUCACAGGCAUCAUCCUCUAUUAGUGAGUCUUGUGACUCCUUGUGCUCCUGCGAGGGGAAAGAUGGCAUCCUUUAUCUUAACUGCGAGCAGAGAAACAUCAGCAAAAUCUCCCAAAUCAAAGUCCCGUCAGGUGUGCCCUUCCACCUGAACCUUUACAAAAACGACUUGGUUGAGCUCCGCGCUGAGGAAAUGGAAGGGUUUAAGAAUGCUCUUUCCCUGCACAUCGGGGGUAAUAGCAUACAAGAGCUGGAACCAGGGGUCUUUAGCACUCUCGGUUCACUGAAAAAACUCCACAUAAAUAGCAAUUUCCUCGUCACUCUGAAAGAGGACACUUUUCAAGGCCUGGUGAAUUUGGAGUUCCUCCAAGCUGACACAAAUUUCAUUCGGGUCAUUGAGCCGGGAGCUUUCAACAAACUGAUCCGCCUCAAGGUCCUCAUCCUCAAUGAUAAUUCCAUUGGGUUUUUACCCAGCAACAUUUUCCGGUUCGUGCCCCUCACCCACCUGGACUUACGUGGCAACAAGCUCCAGACGCUGCCUUAUGUCGGGUUUUUGGAGCACAUCGGACGGAUAAUGGAACUUCUCCUCGAGGAUAAUGAUUGGGUCUGUGACUGUGAUAUUUUACAUUUAAAAAUCUGGAUGGAGAACAUGAGGGCCCAGUCAGCUAUCGGGGAUGUGAUCUGCAGCACGCCACACCACCUUAAGGGGACAAUUCUAGCUAAAGUCAAGCGGGAUGUUCUCUGCCCAUCCCAUGCAGACAUUAACCUGGAGGAGCCGUCAAAGUCACUGGAUAUGGUUGUUACUCCCUCAUCCAAAGUAUCUCAGAUUCCCAAGUUGAUCAACGCCAAAGAUGACGCCAAGGCACCAACGCCAUCUCACAUUCCCGGCAGUCCUUGUGUGGAACACUGUUCUUGUCACAAUCACCCUGUGGCUGGGUUUUUGAUGCAUUGUCAGGACCGGGGAAUUCAAAAGGUUUCAGAUAUCGGAAUACUUCAGCAAAGUCCCACUAAACUGGUCAUGACAGGAAAUAUGAUUCAAAAACUCUUGAAAUAUGAUUUUGUCACAUACGAUAGCUUAGAAUUGCUCAACUUGGCAAACAACAGAAUUGAUUACAUUGACAAUGAAACUUUCCUCAGCUUGAGCAGUUUGAAAAAACUGUAUUUGAAUGGCAACAGAAUUGAAAAACUGUUCUCCACAAUGUUUGUGGGACUCCACAACCUUGAAUACCUGUAUCUGGAAUACAACCUUAUCAAAGAGAUUGCUCCAGGCACAUUUAAUCCCCUGCCAAACCUGAAGCUGUUGUCAUUAAAUAACAACCUGCUCAGCUCCCUUCCAGCACAGAUAUUUCGCAAUGUGCCCCUCACCAAAUUAAACCUGAGGAAAAAUCUACUUAUGCACCUGCCAGUGAGCAAUGUGCUUGAUCAACUCGACUCACUAGAGCAGAUUUAUUUAGAGGACAACCCCUGGGACUGCAGCUGUGACUUGCUCAGCCUCAAACAAUGGGUAGAGAAACUCAGAAAGGACACAGUGGUGGGCUCCAUUUUGUGUCACACCCCAAAGAAAGUGAUGCAGGCUGAGCUGAGAAGCCUUCGUCAUGAGGUGCUCUGUCCCGGUUUAGGGACCUAUUACUCUUUGCCCCCAGGUGGGGAGGAAAGUGUGACAGCUACGCUGGGGCCUGACAGCGCUGGCAGGGGUUUGCUCAGCUCACUUACAGAGACCGUCCCACUCUCUGUGCUCAUCUUAAGCCUUCUUGUUUUUGUCCUCAUGAUUAUAUUCUGCUCAGCCGGGUUGGUGGUGUUUGUGGUACACCGUCGGCGGCGGAGGGCAAAGAAAAAAGCAGCAGAGGAGCAGCCCAGAGAAAACACCAGCAGCAGUCCCAUUCACUUACAUUACAGCAUGUACGGGCAGAAAACUACACACCACACUCUGACACAAAGAACAGGCUCUGCCACUCUGUAUGAGGAGAGAUCACACAGUCCCAUUGUGCAGAUCUGUCGCAACCCCACCUACUGCUCCCAGCACAAGGAGCACGACGCAGAUUUGGAUUACAGCCUCGACGAACCCAGCGCCAAGCAUCACGUCUGCCGGAGUAUCAUGGAGAAGGAGAACACUUCUCCGCUCACGGGAAACCCCAGCUCAAAGUUCAGACCCAUGACAGGAGAGUGCCCCGCAGAGUUCGUCACUCUCGGGAAUCCCAACUCCUUGUACAGGAACAUUCUGGAGAGGGAGAAGGAGCUUCAGCAGCUUGGAAUAACAGAGUACCUUAGGAAAAACAUGCCCCAGCUUCAGUCUGCUGUGGACAUGCAGGUCCCGGGGCACCAGGAGGAGUUAAAGCUAAUGGAGACAAUUAUGUACUCAAGACCACGUAAGGUCAUGCUUGAGCAAACUAAGAAUGAGUACUUUGAACUUAAGGCUAACUUGCAUAGUGAGCCAGACUACUUGGAGGUUCUGGAGCAUCAAACUGCAUUUAACUGAGCUUAAGCUGAAAAAAAUAAAAUAAACAACGAUAUAUAUUAUGUUUUGAACCAAGUGCCUUGUCCUGUUUGCCCUCUUGUACUUUCCACAGUGUGAAAUAUGUAUCAUGGGCACAUCACUUUAAGUUUAAUUGUAGCACAGAAUGUAACUGGUUUAUUCUUUAGUUACCUUUUAUCUAUUGACAGCCAUGUUAUGUAGCCGGUGAAAGGUGUAAUAUUUUUGGCCAAAUAUAAAGUUAAGAAGCUAUCACCGUCUGUUAAGCAGGCCUGCAUUGAAACCCACUUUGAAAUCCACUCAAUCAGCUUUUUAUGAUUGAUUAAAUUUCCAUGGUGCACUGCCCCCAAAUGAAUUGAUCUGCACAGCACAUGCCCCA